AUGAAGCGCUCGGUCACAGUUCAGCCUCAGUCUGAGGUUUUCAUGAGAGACGCCUCAGAGUGGUCCACAGGACUGUGCCACUGCUGCAGCGACGGAGACCAGUCUUGUUGGUGUUUUCUCUGCAUCUCGUGUCAAACGGUGAAGCUUCGUGGACAGUGUCUCUGUCUCCCCCUGUUGGACAUGUGCAGCGUCAUCCACCCCAUCGCCAUGACGCUCCGGGCCACCACCAGGGAGCGCUACAGCAUCCAGGGAUCGUUCUGUGUGGACUGUCUCCUCUCCACCUUCUGCUGUCCCUGCGUCUACUGUCAGGUCCACAGGGAGCACCAGCACCGACAGCUACCCAGCAUGCUCGGCGACAUCGUGCAGAGGAAGUGA